GGGAAUGAAGAGGCCGCUGCCGUGCGCUUAUCUCUCUCGGCCACAUUGCGGCCUGUGUUCCGCUCCCCAUACUGAGGGAGCGCGCGCUGGAUGCGGCGAGGAAUAACUCAGCUACACACACACACAGCACUAUACACACUCACAUAUACACACACUGCUCCACAACUGGCAGAGGAAAAAAAAAAAAAAGAAAAACCUCAGACAUGGAUGACCCACUCACAAAAUGGCUCCACUUACACAGUAACAUCAACAACACGACUGGAACGGACCUAGUGGACUCGAGCGCGUGGUGACGGUGUAAAAAUGAUGGAAAAACGGCAGCCGGAGCUCCGUCCCGGCAGUCCCGGUGCCCAGUCCGGUCCUGGAAAGCGCGAGGACUCCUCCAUCAUCAUCACCAGACAAAACGGAUGCAAGGAGCACGAGGAGCCGAGGAGAGGGGAGGAGGAUGAGGGGGAGGGGGAGAAGGAGGAGAAGGAGAGGGAGAGAGGAGGGCGCUUGAAGGGGGCUGAGGAGACGGAUGACGUUCCUCUGCAGAACUCGAGCAACGGGACCAGCAUCAGCAUCAUCAUCAACGGCGUUGCCAAGGAAACUGCCUCUCACAACGCCCUUGACCUGAAAAGGGAAGUGCCGGUGAUCGAGCUCUCCAGGAGGGACGCUAUAAAAGCGCUCGAGCAGAGGACUGAGAGCCAUUUGGUGCCGAUCACGGAACUUCGCAGACCUCCACCGCUGCCGUUGCCGCCGCCGCAACGAGACGACGCUCGAAUGGUCCAACUUAGCCCAAACGCGUUUCCUGUCCCGGCCCGGGCCAUGCUCUACAACCUGGCGCAGCCUCUCGCCGCCAUCAACAGUCUUGGAGGGGAGUCAGAGCAGUACAGCAUGUACCCCAGCAACAGGGUAAAGCGCCGCCCGGCGCCUUAUGAGGUUGAACUCGACGAGGGUAGGCGCAUUUUAGAUCUUUAUAAGUAUGCUGGCCAGCCAAAGAUUGUCCGCCGUAUCUUCACCAACAGUCGUGAACGUUGGCGGCAGCAGAACGUAAACGGAGCGUUCGCCGAGCUCCGUAAACUCAUCCCAACACAUCCCCCGGACAAGAAGCUGAGCAAAAACGAGAUCCUCCGGCUCGCUAUGAAGUACAUCAGCUUCCUCUCCAACCUGCUGGAGGACCAGGAUGGAGGGAGGAACGUCGACAGCUCAACAGACGGGGAAACGGGGCUGCUGGUGGGGGCCCAUGAGGGCGGCCCUCAGGGUGGACCGCAUCAGGACACUGUGGUGGGUCUGGCGAGGGACGAUCUUCUGGAGACUAUGUCGCCAAGCUCAAGUUGUGGAAGCCUGCCUGAUGGUGAUGCUGAGGGCAGUCCUGAGAGCUUUAUGGAGGACCAGGACUCACCUCCGGCUCCGAGGACUCUUACAGCUUCCCGUGGGCCCCCACUGCAUAUUGCUGCUCGGGAUCUGAGGCGCAAUGGGCGCCCAAUAGAUGACUCCAGUCGUCGGUGAUGCUGAUGCCAAAAAACACAAAACCUGAGACUGAAAGAGGACUAUGAGAUGGACAAAAAGAGAUGAGGAUACACUCAGGAACUGUUAGCUUUGAGGUAUCAGUCAAGGAAAGAGAAAAAAGGGUUCAGAAUGGAUCAUGAGUAUGCUCGGUCUCCAAAAUACACCGUAUGAUUGGUUGCUCGAUGAUUGGUUGAAUUUGAUCUCACUACAGACUUGUAAAUUUUGCAUGUCUUUGACUGAAAUGAGGUUGAAAUUUUCUGUUUUUAGCAUCCCCCAAAAUGGGAGACACAAAUGCAAAAAAAAGAAGUAGAAACACAUGAAGAAGAAAAGUUUAAACCAAACAAAAAAAAUCCCUCACAAGAUACUUGUUAAAGAUAUACUAAUAUUUUGACCAAUGAUACACUAAUGGUAUUAUUGAUUAGAGUGUGGUGCAGACAGAAUAAAUACAGUUUGCUUCAAAGACGAAUUGAAAAUCAAUAAAUAAACCCUGAGAUUGAUCACCAUCUAAAUCAAUUUCUUACAAUAACGACACAAAUGUAAGCCAGCCUCAGUUUGAGGCUGUAAAUGAUCCGAAUGGACUCUAUUGUACCCAUGCAGCUGCGUAUGUAUUGUAAAUAGCAUCAUAUUUCCACUGCGCAAUGUAACAACAGUGACUGGAGUUCAAUCGUGUGGUUCAAGAUGUACUUUAGUGUGUUUGUCAAUGGGUUUACAAGGAAAAAAAGGUCUUAUAGGAGACACGAAAAUGAGAGACAUUAAGAACUAGUACAUCCAAUGUGGUACCAUUUACUGCUGUUACACUUUGGUGGUGAAAAAGACACCAAAUAUGAAGGCAACACAGUUGAGGAGGUACAAGACACGCAGUGUUUCUUAAAGUGUACAAAGUAUGAGUCAUAUGUUAUCAUGACGUGACUCAUGCAGUCCUUUUGAUAUGAAUGUUUCAGUGUUUUUUUAACUGUAAUGCAGUUGUAGUUUAGUAAGGUACAUGAAUAAAUCCCUUCAUUGCCACAUUUCACACAAACACAUGCAGACACUCAACACACCCGCAGUGUGAAUAUCAUAACAACACCAGCAGUUUUUCACAAACGCAGUCGUGUAUUGCUCUGUUGUUGGUUCUUCUGCCUUUUCAGCAGGACCUCGUAGCCUAUAUUGGUACCUUUGGUAACUAUGGUAUUUUAUGAAUUGCAGUAAAGGGACAUUGUACGUUUGGUAAUGACAUAUUUGUUGUAUGAUAGCUGUAUCUAUAAAUAUAUCCAAUGUUAAAGCGAUGAAUUUUAUACAAAAUCCCUGAAUAAAACACGCAGAGAAAAGCCUGGUAUUUGAUUUUA